GCCACCUUUUUCUUGGGCAUGGAGCCCUGCGGCUUCCCUCUCUGCUACAUCAGCCUGCGGACAGCAGCUUCCCAAAGUGACAGCCACCCACGCCAGCCCCGAGGCGGAAGCGCGGCGCUGAGCUCGUGUCUGCCACUGUGGCUCUGCCACUCUGGGCUGCAGGCAGGCACCCGGGAGCUAGUCCUUUCCACCGGCGUGGGGGGCGGCGGGGACCAGGCAGCCUGGGUUUUUGGCUGGAAGGCCAUUGCCACCGGUGGCAGCGUCGCGUGCACGUCAUCCUCCCCUAAAAUGACGCAGCAGAUGCGGGACCUGCAGCUGGCGCAGGCCAGGAAGCCGCCGGGCCCUUCUUCACCAAAUGCAGCCAAGAGGCUCUACCGAAACCUGUCAGGGAAAUUCCGCGUCAACUACACAUCCUUUGACGAGGGCAGCCUGGCGGGACGGGGCGAGAAGGAGAAGCUCCGCAAGUCCUACCUGUUCCAGAGCAAUGCUGCUCUCUUUGAGGCUGUGGAGCUGCAGGAUCUAGACAGGGUCCAGGAGCUGCUGAAGCAGUACAGCCCCGAGGAGCUGGACCUCAACACCCCCAACAGCGAGGGGCUGCUGCCCCUGGACAUCGCCAUCAUGACCAACAACGCUCCCAUCGCCAGGGCCCUGCUGCAGGCAGGAGCGAAGGAGAGCCCACACUUCGUGAGCCUGGAGAGCCGCUCUCUGCACCUCUCCACGCUGGUGCGGGAAGCAGAGCAGCGCGUCAACGAGCUGACGGCGCAGGUGGUGAAUGAGGCGCCCAACGCCGACUGCUCGGAGAAGGAGAAGCAGCUCAGGGCCUGGGAGUGGCGAUACCGGCUUUACAAGCGCAUGAAGGCAGGGUUUGAGCAUGCCCGAGUGCCGGAUGCCCCCACCAACGUCCACCUCUCCGUGGCCAGCAGCUCCUCGGUGCAGGUGACCUUCUGGGAGCCCCUGAGCAUCAAUUCGGCUGUUGUCACCAAGUACAAAGUGGAGUGGAGCUGCUCCCCCACCUUCUCGCCGCUGCUGGGGGAGGCCGUGAUCGACAAGCUGAAGAACCUGCACUUCACCAUCCGGGGGCUGGUGUCGGGCACAGCUUACUACGUCCAGGUGUCUGCCUACAACAUGAAGGGCUGGGGUCCCCCACAAGCCUCUGUGCCCCCUUUUGCCAUCCCUUCCAACUGGCGGGAGUAUGACGGCCGGGCCCCACGGCGAAGGGGACAAGCUGAAGCUCUGGACCAUCUGCUGGGCCAGGUGAAGACCGUCCACCAGCAUUGUGUUUGCCACGGUGAGUGCCUGCAAGAACCAGAGAGCAGGAAGCACUCGGUCUCCAAGAGCCUCAAGCACCUCUUCCACCCCGGCAGCAAGUUUCUCAAGACGCUGAAGCGGGGCCUUUACCUGACAGCGAUCUUCUACAAGGACGACAACAUCCUGGUGACCCAUGAAGACCAGAUCCCUGUGGUGGAGAUCGAUGACACCUACUCCUGCCUGCUCAUGCAGGAUUUCCUUUGGUUCACCAAGGUGUCGUGCAUGUGGGAUGAGAUCCUGUGGCUGCGGCAGUGUGUCACCGUCUCCCAGUCAUCCUGUUCCUGCAUCCUGCAGACACGCUUCAAGAUGCUGCUGGCCAUCUCACAAAUGCAGGGGCUGCUGGGCAUCCAGGACCUGGGGCAGGUCUUCUUUGAGCCUGUCAAAGACAAACAAGGCAACAUCCUCAUCGUCACCCUGAAGGAGGUGAAGACCAACCAGACCUUUGAGAGUGUCCGCUGGGUUCCCAUCUGCAAGCUGCAGACCAGCCGCAAGUCCGUGUCCUCCCUGGAGGAGCCCACUGCUCUGGACACACUGCUCAUCUCCAUCCAGGACAAGCUGGCUUACCACCAGCAGAGCAGCCAUGCCCUCUCCCCGGGCCUCUACCUGGGCUACUUGAAGCUCUGCAGUGCCGUGGAUCAGAUUCGAGUGCUGGUGCCGGAGCAGCUCCCCAACAUCCUGUGCCACGUCAAGAUUCGCUCCAACCCCAACAUUUCCAGGGAGGAGUGGGAAUGGCUGCAGAAGAUGGCCAGCGUGGAGGAGCCUGUUCCUGCAGAGACAGAGGCUGAGACCUCCCAGAACCACUUGUUUCAGGAGCUCCAGGUGGCCAUCAAGGAGCUGAUGACCCUGGUCAACAUCCCAUUGCAAGAGGCCAAAGAUUUCCGCCUGUAUAGCCAAGAGGUGCUGGACUUUGGGGGCCAAGUCUCCUUCCUGCUGCUGCUUCCUCCGUCAGACGACGUCUGCACUGCUCCGGGCCAGAACAACCCCUACACCCCUCGCUCCGGCUUUCUCACGCUGCCGCUGCAGAUCUUCGAGCUAGUCCACUUCUUCACAUACGACCGGGAGUUCAUCAUCCAGUACUGCCAGGUGUCUGCCCUCCUGGAGCUGGAGUCGCUCCUCUCUCAGCAGAGCCUCAGGGAGGCUUUCUCCGAUGCCGAGCUCUCUACCGCAAAGCAGAGGCACCAGCAAGUGCAGGACUACAUCCAGCAAAUGGAGGAGAUCUGGCGCGAGAUGCGCUGGAUUAUGGAUGCCUUGCAACACGCCCGGUACAAGCAGCCCUCCUGCGGGAUCUCUCUCAGCGGCUUCCUCAGCGAG